ACCCUCCGCGGCUUCCAUCCCAGAUGAGCGUCAGUCAGUCGGUGACGGGCUUCAGAACCGGAGCAGCACCGGAUCAUGAGCGCUAUCACGGCCUCCUGACAGCUGCACGGCUCGGUUCCGGUGUCAGGGAGCGAGAUGGACGGCGGCGAGAGGAAGGAUGUAAAGCUCUCUGCUGAAGUGGAACCGUUUAUUCCUCAGAAGAAAGGCGUGGAUUCUUCAUUAUUACCCAUGAGUCUGUGCGGUGAGGGCGGAGCUGAGCCCACGCAAAUCCCCUCAUACCUGAUCACCUGCUACCCGUUUGUGCAGGAGAAUCAGAGCAGCAGUCGGCAGCUGCCCAUGUAUAACAGUGAGCACCGCUGGCAGCAGCUGAACCCGGGCCCCGGCGGGCCGUACCUGGCGUACCCCAUCCUGUCGUCUCCUCAGCCGCCCGUCAGCAGUGAUUACGCCACAUACUAUCACGCCAUCAUGCCCACACCCUGCCCGCCAGUCAUGGGCUUCUACCAGCCGUUCCCGGGGCCGUACGGCGGGCCCCUGCUGAACCCCCUGUCAGACUGCAGCGACAGACCCCUGCAGCCGGGACAGACCCCCAGAGCCAGAAGCGGAGCGCGCACACCGGUGCUGCAGAAGCAGCCGAUGGUUCAGCCAAUCAGAGCCAAGCGUCCUGUGAUGCGGAGCGUGGCGGUGCAGAAGGAGGUGUGUGCUGCUGGGCCUGAUGGGAGGUCCAAGACAGUCCUGCUGGUGGACGCAGCGCAGCAGACGGAUUUCCCUGGCGAGGCAUCCGGCGGUGUCAGGUGUGUGUCAGAUCAGGUGAGCCCCCAGCAGUGGAAGAACAAGCCCCGGCGCAGGCGCACGUCUCAGCAGGAGUCAUCCAGUGAGCAGGGGGCGAGUGAAGCAGACAUCGACAGCGACAGCGGAUACUGCAGCCCUAAACACAACCAGGGGGCCGCAAACCCCUCCAGCAGCCAGAACACCAACACCGCGGCUGUGGAUGCUGGCAUCAUGACAGCUGUGAGCUGGGGGAGUGUGUCCUCUCCGGGCGUCCAGAAGCCGUGGUCAGACAGAAGCACACUCUUUCACAGAGGCAGCAGAACACCUGAGCAGAGGAGCUACACACAGGACUUCCAGAUGAGCUUUGUUGGACGAGUGGGAGGACAGAGGAGAUGCACGCCUCCAGAGACCCCCAACACACACCUCACACCUGAGCCGCUCUACUUCCAGGAUGAGGAUGAGUUUCCUGAUCUGGCCACAGGCAGCGCUGCGCAGCGGAGUAAACCAGAACCAGCCCAGCCCAAACUGACCAAGAGUCUGGUGAGUGUGUGUUGUGUAUGUGUGUGUGUGUGUGUGUGUGUGUGUGUGUCUGAUGUGUUGUUGUGUUGUUCAUCAGUGGGCACAGUGGGAGCGCUACACAGUAAAGAUGGCGGUGUGUGUGUGUCGGGCCUGAAGAGCUCCUCAUACACUCCUCCACACAACAUGCUGGACUCCACCGCUCCGCGCAUCAAGAGGGGCAAAGAGAGAGAGAUCCCCAAAGUCAAGAAGACCACCGCCAUGAAGAAGAUCAUUCUGCAGGAGCGCGAGGUGAAGAAGGGCAAGAGUUCUGCAGAUCAGAGUGUGUGUGAAGCUGAAGAACAGAGAGACACGCUGAGCUUCACUGACACACUCACACAGGAGCAGGAUGAGAACGGUCUGAGCGUGCCCAGUGAUGCGUCUCUGUCUCCAGCCAGUCAGAACUCUCCGUACAGCAUCACGCCGGUGUCUCAGGGCUCUCCGGGCAGCUCCGGCAUCGGGAGCCCAAUGGCUGCAUCCGCCAUCACCAAGAUACACAGCCGGCGCUUCAGAGAGUACUGUAAUCAUGUGCUGAGUAAGGAGAUUGAUGAGAGUGUGACGCUGCUGCUGCAGGAGCUGGUGCGCUUUCAGGAGCGUGUCUACCAGAAGGAGCCCAGCAAAGCCAAAGCCAAGCGGCGUCUGGUCAUGGGCCUGCGAGAGGUCACCAAACACAUGAAGCUGCACAAGAUCAAGUGUGUGAUCAUCUCACCCAACUGCGAGAAGAUCCAGGCCAAAGGAGGGCUGGAUGAAUGCAUCCAGGGGCUGUUCAAUAAGCUGGUGUCCCUGACGGAGGAGGCGCGGCGGGCCUAUAAGGAGAUGGUGAGCGCUCUGGAGCAGGAGCAGGCCGAGGAGGCGCUGAAGAACGUCAAGAAGGUCCCGCACCACAUGGGCCACUCCAGAAACCCCUCCGCCGCCAGCGCCAUCUCCUUCUGCAGCGUCAUCUCUGAGCCCAUAUCUGAGGUCAACGAGAAGGAGUACGAGACCAACUGGAGGACGAUGGUGGAGAACGCAGACACUCUGGAGUCUGAGCCCAUCCUGACCAGCAGGAGCAGCAGAGAGCAGCAGGACGUCCCAUCAGCACCUGCGCAACCCAGCGCUAACGCUAACCCCACUAUCCCCACGGGGCGAGAGGAGUCCCGUACGGAUGACCGGCUGGAGUGGGCCUCACAGCAGAGCACAGAGACCGGGUCGCUGGACGGCCAGCUGCACUCCUCCAUCACCAGCACCACCAGCACACUGGUGCCCGGCAUGCUGGAGGAGGAGGAGGAGGAAGAGGAGGAGGAGGAGGAGUACAGCUCCGCACCCGUCCCACUGCCCGCCCUCAGCUGCAGAAUCGAGAGCUGGGUCUCCAAAACCCUGGAGAACCUGCAGCUGCGCAGACGGAGCAGCACCGAAGAGGAGGAGGAGGAGACGCGGAGGAGUGAUGAGGAAGAGGAGGAGGAGGAGGAAGAAGAAGAGGAGGAGAUCGAGGCCUCAGACAUCACUGAACCAGCGGCAGAUCAUAAAGAGGAGGCGGAGGCUGUCACUGGCUGAUGGACACACACACACA